CCGAAUUGGGACAUUCCUUUCUUGUUGAAUCGCAACUAUGGCCUAACGGCGAUGAACUCUGACCUCAACUUUCCAAUGGACAUCACUCCACCACCCAGUGGACAGCUCUACUCGGUGCCAGCUCAGACCUUUUUCAGUGACAAGCAACUCCCAAGUGAUUCACUCUACAUGCAGCUUAACUUUCAACCCAACUCCUCACUCUCCGAAUUCUACUUCCUCACUAUUCGUGAUCCCGACGGAAUUUUGCGUUUCUCCCUUUCCAUGUACAAGCGACAAAUUUACGGGGUUCAACUGCGUUACAAUCUUCUGGAUUCCAACGAAGGUGAACGAGUAAUUGAUUUUCCAUUUCCCCAAUCUUCCACCAACUGGAGGCUAGGCGUCAUGAUUAAGGCGAAUUCCGUGGAAUUUUUCACAAACUGUCCACGAAUACAGCUAGCACCGUUCCAUGAGGAGCGAGGCGUCAAACUGCUUGGCCGACCGUUGUUUCGAGAUGGAGCAUCAGCUUUCCUUCUCAACAACGGACUUCCAUCUAAUCCUGCCUAUUUCCAGGUUGGCUCAUUUAUAUUGUUUGAGAUUGUUUUUUUAAAGAAAGCAUAA